AGGAGCGUAGAGGAAGCUUGCAAGCGUUCGCUGGAACACUUUCCCUGCCCGAGCGUCUCCUUCGCCAUGCCUACUCUCGAGUUUGACUUUCGCAUCGCCGUCGCACUCAACCCGGAACCCUCCAGAAUUGAGAACCGUGUCCAGAAGGAGAUCACCACCAUCAAAGGAGGCAGGUGGUCUGGAUCAUUUGGCAACGGCCGAGUCAUGGCCGGCGGAUAUGAUCUCGGGCAGGCACGGGGCUUCCGUCCGAUUCGGAUUGUUGAAGGCGCUUUUGUCCUGCAGACUACCGACCAACCUCCGGCCAUGCUGGAGAUGCGUACGCGAGGAUCUUUGUCGGGCCCAUGUGACGUACUCGAUACCCUGCUCAGUGCUCGGGAAUCCAAGGAGAACAUUGAUCCCCGUCAAUACGGCUUUCGGACCUUUGCCACUGUCAAGACGGCAGACAAACGCUAUGCCGAGUUCGUCAACUGUGGGCUCUGGGUCGCAAGUGGUGUGUGGCGAGGUGAAGAGCUGAUUAUUGAGUGA